CACAUCUCACGCGACGCGACCACAUCACACCACCACCAACCCACAUCCCUCGCCUUCAUCAAUUGGAGCACGUCGCCCAUUCAUUCCCCUCCUCCUCCCUCAGCUGCUACCCUCCGCCUCCCCAAUUCCGACGCGUCAUCUCGUGCUCCCCCAAUUCGCAAAGCCUCGAUUGAUCCCCGAAGGCUCAUGGUGUUCUCCGCCGCCGCUUCCUCCUGCGCCGCCCGCCUGCGCUGCAGCUGUCGCGUUGGUGGUUGUUGUUGUUGACGAAUUAGCUAGCUAGGGUUUGUGAUUUCGCGUGGAUCGGUUGGGGAAUCGGCAAGGUAUGGAUCUCUCGCGGCCUGCAUCGUCGGACCUCUCGCUCGGGCUCCAUUCCCACGGCCCCUCCCACGCCCACGCCCGCGUGCACGCGGUCCCCGCGCCGCUGCGGCUGUUCGGCGACUCGGAGGACACGAAGCCGGAGCGUCUCGGGGGCGGGGAAGCAGGCGGGGGGAUGGAGGACGAGGAGGACGGGGGUGACCAGCACUUCUCCCUCCUCGGUCACUCACUCUGCGUCAAGCGCCCGCGCCGCGCGGUCAACGGCGGCGGGGGCGGCGGAGGAGAGACCUCCUCCUGCUCGUCCUCGUCCGCGGCGCUGCGCCCCGCGAAGCGGCAGGCGACGGGGGAGGGCAGCGGCCCGGAUCUGGAGACCCGCCGCGCCGCGGUCCGCGCCUGGGGCAACCAGUCGCUUGCGGAGGCCGACCCGGACGUGCAAGCGCUGAUGGAGCGCGAGCUCGACCGCCAGGUGCGGGGCAUCGAGCUCAUCGCGUCGGAGAACUUCGUCUGCCGCGCGGUGCUCGACGCGCUCGGCAGCCACCUGACCAACAAGUACUCCGAGGGGCUUCCGGGUGCUCGCUAUUACGGCGGGAACCAGCACAUCGAUGCCAUCGAGCGGCUUUGCCACGAGCGCGCCCUCACUGCCUUCGGUCUCGACCCCGCCUGCUGGGGCGUCAAUGUCCAGCCUUACUCGUGCACGUCCGCCAAUUUGGGUGUCUACACGGGGCUACUUCAACCCAAGGAUCGCAUCAUGGGGCUGGAGCCACCGUCAGGCGGCCAUGUUAGCCACGGUUACUACACGCCGGGUGGGAAGAAGGUGUCAGGCGCCUCUAUUUUCUUCGAGAGCUUGUCGUACAAGGUGAACCCACAGACUGGGUAUAUUGAUUAUGACAAGGUUGAGGAGCGGGCAAUGGAUUUCCACCCCAAAAUUCUCAUCUGUGGUGGGAGCUCAUACCCCAGAGAGUGGGAUUUUGCACGGAUGAGGUUGAUUGCUGAUAAGUGCGGUGCGGUGCUUAUGUGCGACAUGGCGCAUAUCAGUGGGCUUGUUGCAGCAAAGGAAUGUCGUAGCCCCUUCGACUACUGUGAUGUUGUUACGUCAACUACUCACAAGAACCUUAGGGGUCCUAGAGGUGGUAUAAUAUUCUUCAGGAAAGGGAAAAAAUUAAGGAAAAGAGUUGGAUCUUUUUCUCAAGGGGAUGAGGGUGAAUACGACUUUGAGGAUAAGAUAAAUUUUGGUGUUUUCCCUUCAAUGCAAGGAGGACCCCAUAAUAAUCAUAUUGCUGCCUUGGCAAUAACCCUGAAGCAGGUAGCAACUCCUGAAUACAAAGCAUACAUUCAACAAGUCAAGAAAAAUGCCCAGGCUUUGGCAUCAGCCUUGCUCAGAAGAAAAUGCAGAUUGGUUACUGGUGGCACAGAUAAUCACUUAGUGCUUUGGGAUCUCAGAACUCUUGGCUUGACCGGCAAGAUCUUUGAAAAGGUCUGUGAGGCAUGCCACAUAUCUAUCAACAAGACACCAAUUUACGGGGAUAAUGGCUCAAUAUCUCCUGGAGGUGUUCGAAUUGGAACACCCGCAAUGACUACUAGAGGUUGCUUAGAGGAUGAUUUCGAGUUGAUUGCAGAGUUCCUCAUCAGGGCGACUCAGAUUGCUAGCAAUGUUCUGAAAGAACAUGGGAAACUACAAAAGGAGUUUCUACGUGGACUACAGAACAAUAAAGAUGUUGUAGAACUGCGUAAUCAGGUCGAGGCAUUUGCAUCACAGUUUGCGAUGCCAGGUUUUGAUGUAUGAAUGUGCAUAUAUACCACAUUUGCAAUUAUCCAUAUUCAUCGAUCAUCAGCAACAUUACCGUCCUUCAACUCGUCCCAUACUAUCAGUCUCGGCUUCAGAACGAUUAGCGGAUAUUUUUUUUUGUUAGUUACCGGUCUUGACUCGAUUCAAGCAAUUAUAUGUACAGUUCACUGCCAAAGUUGCGGAUUAUGUAUGUAGUGAAUCUUGGUAUGAUGAUUUUCUAUAGGAGGUUAAUUUUUCUCCUACGGGACCUGUGUUGCUUUCUGAAACCUGUGGUUGUCCAGGCUGAAUAAGCUUAACCAUCUAAUCUCUGGUUAAUUGUUACA